AUGGGCAAGAAAAGUAAAUUGGGAAAGAGCCGCAGGGACAAGUUCUACCACCUGGCGAAGGAGACAGGCUUUCGCUCCCGCUCCUCCUUCAAGCUUCUCCAGCUCAACAGGAAGUUCCAGUUCCUGCAGAAGGCUCGGGCACUGCUGGACCUCUGUGCAGCCCCUGGGGGCUGGCUGCAAGUGGCUUCCAAAUUCAUGCCAGUUUCCAGCUUGAUCGUUGGGGUUGACCUGGUCCCCAUCAAGCCCAUUCCCAACGUGGUGACACUGCAGGAGGACAUCACCACUGAGAAGUGUCGCCAGGCCCUGCGCAAGGAGCUGCAGACCUGGAAGGUGGAUGUGGUGCUGAAUGAUGGAGCACCCAACGUGGGAGCCAGCUGGGUGCAUGAUGCCUAUUCCCAGGCCAACCUGACCCUGAUGGCCCUGAAGCUGGCCUGUGAAUUCCUGUGCAAAGGAGGCUGGUUCAUCACCAAGGUGUUCCGUUCCCGGGACUAUCAGCCACUCCUCUGGAUCUUCCAGCAGCUCUUCCAGAAGGUCCAAGCCACCAAGCCCCAGGCCUCCCGCAAUGAGUCUGCUGAGAUCUUCGUGGUGUGCCAGGGUUACCAGGCUCCAGACAAAAUUGACAGCAAAUUCUUUGACCCAAAAUAUGCCUUCAAGGAGGUGGAGGUUCAGGCUAAGUCUGUCAGUGAGCUGAUCAGCAAGAAGAAACCCAAGGCAGAAGGCUAUGCAGAUGGUGACACAACCCUCUACCACCGCUUCACCCUGAUGGACUUCCUCAAGGCUCCCAACCCUGUGGACUUCCUCUCCAAGGCCAACGAGAUCACGCUGGGGGACGGCGAGCUGGAGAACCACAGCUGCACCAGCGAGGAGCUGCGGCAGUGCUGCAAGGACAUCCGCGUGCUGGGGCGCAAAGAGCUCAGAGCCCUGCUGAACUGGAGGACCAAGCUGCGGCGUUUCUUGGCCAAGAAGCUGAAGGAGCAGGCGAAGGAGCUGGAUAUCAACCUGAGCUCAGGUGAAGAGGAGGAAGGCAGAGAGGAUGAGGAGAAGAAGGAGAAGAAGGCAUCACCGAAAGCUGCAGCCGAUGAGGAGGAGAAAGAGGAAGAGGAGGAGGUAGAGCUGGCCUUGGCAGAGAUGAAGGCCAAGGAACUGGCAGAAUUAAAGAGAAAGAAGAAGAAGAUCCUGAAGGAGCAGCGGAAGCAGCGCGAGCGUGUGGAGCUGAAGAUGGACCUCCCUGGUGUCUCCAUUGCUGAUGAUGGUGACACCAGCAUGUUCUCCCUCCGCACCAUCCAGAGGACCCCGCUGCUGAACGAGGUGACCAGGGGGGACAUGGCAUCAGCUGAUGCCCUGCUGGAGAUGGGACCUGGAGAAGAUGACAUUUACAUCUCAGAUCAUGAAAAAGAGGAGGAUGAUGUGUCCCUGGCCAGUGAGCUGGACCCAGAGGAGCUGGUGGAGAUAGAGGCUCGACAGCGCCGGCUGGAGCGGGAGAGGCGAGAGCAGGGGGCAAAGAGAGGGAAGUUCAAGCAGAAGGAAGAGAAGGAGGAAGAAGAGAAAGAAGAGAAUCCCCUGCUGGUGCCCCUGGAGGAGAAGUCAGUGCUGGAGGAGCGGCAGGCCAGCAUGUGGUUUGGGAAGGAUGCCUUUGCUGGCAUUGAGGACGAUGCAGAUGAGGACCUGGAGCUGGGGCAGUCCCAGCUGCUGGCUGAGAAACAGCGAGAGUCUCAGAGAGACAAAGCCAGAAGGAAAGUGCAGAAGAAGGUACCCCAGGAGGAAGGUCCAGCUGAGCCCCCACCCGCCGCAGACACCAAACCCAGCCCUGCUGAUGCGCAGGAGGAGCAGAGCAGUGAUGAUGACAGCAGCAGCAGUGAUGAGGAGAGGCCACUGAUCCCAGCGGGGACGAAGCGAGGCCGUGUGGAGCCCUGCGGCUUCGAGGUGGUGCCCAUUGUGGACCCAGUGAAGAGGGCUCGUGUCCUGGAUGCAGAGGGCCUGGCGCUUGGCUCCGUCAUCGCCACCUCCAAAAAGGCCAGGAGGGACCUGAUCGAUGACUCCUUCAACAGGUACUCCUACAACGAGGAGGAGGGGGAGCUGCCAGAGUGGUUCAGGGAGGAGGAGAAGCGGCACCGGUGCAAGCAGGUGCCGGUGGACAAGCAGACGGUGGAGGCCUACCGGCAGCGCUGGCGCGAGAUCAACGCCCGCCCCAUCAAGAAGGUGGCAGAGGCCAAGGCCCGCAAGAAGAGGAGGAUGCUGAAGAAGAUGGAGCAGAUGAAGAAGAAGGCAGAGUCGGUGGUGAACACGGUGGACAUCUCCGAGAGGGAGAAGGUGGCUCAGCUGCGGCGCAUCUACAAGAAGGCUGGGCUGGCCAAGGAGAAGCGGCAGGUGACCUACCUGGUGGCCAAGAAGGGGGUGGGACCCCGAGUGCGCCGCCCCCCCGGCGUCAAGGGGCAGUUCAAGGUGGUGGACAGCCGCCUGAAGAAGGACGUCAGGGCGCAGCAGCGCAAGGAGCAGCACAGGAGGAAACGCCACAAGUGA